AUGGCGACGCAUAGUGACUUCUCCGACGACGAGUCGCAGCCAGGCUCGCCCGUUCUCGGCGAUUCCAACGGCGUCGAGAACACCUUCGAGGACCAGGAGCCUCUCGACCAUGAAGAUGAUUCACAGACACCGCUCAAGUCUGCUCUAAAACAGCCUGCGCAGGCAAAGAAACCAGAGCUGCCCGAGCAGCCUGACCCGUCGACUCUGGACCUCUCCACGCUCACACCCCUUACACCCGAGAUCAUUGCCCGACAGGCCACUAUCAACAUUGGUACUAUCGGGCAUGUCGCUCACGGCAAGUCGACGGUCGUCAAGGCCAUUUCGGGGGUGCAGACCGUCAGAUUUAAGAACGAGCUGGAACGAAAUAUCACUAUCAAGCUGGGUUAUGCGAAUGCAAAGGUGUACAGAUGUGAUAACCAGGCCUGCCCGAGGCCUACUUGCUACCGAAGCUUCAAGAGCGACAAAGAGGUUGAUCCUCCAUGCGAGAGAGAUGGAUGCACAGGCAGAUAUAGGCUGCUUCGACAUGUCUCGUUCGUUGAUUGUCCCGGGCACGAUAUCCUCAUGAGUACUAUGCUUUCAGGUGCCGCCGUCAUGGACGCAGCUCUCCUUCUCAUUGCCGGUAACGAAACUUGCCCGCAGCCCCAGACCUCGGAGCAUCUGGCUGCCAUCGAGAUCAUGAAGCUCAACCACAUCAUCAUCCUCCAAAACAAAGUCGAUCUGAUGCGGGAAGACGGCGCUCUGCAGCAUUACCAGUCUAUAUUGAAGUUCAUCAGAGGAACGGUCGCUGAUGGAUCUCCUGUUAUCCCAAUCUCGGCUCAGCUAAAGUACAACAUUGAUGCUGUCAAUGAAUACCUCGUCUCUCACAUCCCAGUUCCAGUCAGAGACUUCCUUGCCCCUCCCCACAUGAUCAUCAUCCGAUCCUUUGACGUCAACAAGCCUGGCUCCGAAAUAGAAGACCUCAAGGGUGGUGUUGCUGGUGGUAGUAUUUUGACCGGUGUACUCAAGCUCGGCGACGAGAUCGAAAUUCGACCAGGUAUCGUCACCAAGGACGAACAGGGCAAAAUCCAAUGCCGCCCCAUCUUCAGCCGCGUCGUAACCCUCCUUGCCGAGCAGAAUGAUCUCAAAUUUGCCGUCCCCGGCGGCCUUAUUGGUGUCGGGACCAGAAUUGAUCCUACACUAUGCCGUGCUGACCGUCUGCUUGGUUUCGUCUUGGGCCACCGUGGUCGCCUCCCCGCUAUCUACAGUGAAAUCGAAGUCAACUAUUUCCUUCUCCGUCGUCUCUUGGGUGUCAAGUCUGCCGACGGCAAGCAAGCAAAGGUCGCUAAGCUAGCCAAGAAUGAGGUCCUCAUGGUAAACAUCGGUUCGACCGCCACCGGUGCAAAGGUCAUGGGUGUCAAGGCAGAUGCUGCCAAGCUGAGCUUGACUGGCCCAGCUUGCACCGAAAUCGGAGAGAAGAUUGCCCUCAGUCGAAGAAUCGACAAGCAUUGGCGUCUGAUCGGUUGGGCUAACAUCGUUGCUGGUAACACGUUGGAGCCUAUCUCUAACUGA